AUGGAGAAUAAGUCACAGCCGCAUUCUAGUGAGCUUCAGGCUCUAAUAGCUGCCAUUCCACAUGAGUUGUCACUAUCCUCACCGACGACUACAACCAAAUCAGGUUCAUCAAUUGGUGAUAUUUCGUCAACUUCCUCCACGUAUCUGUUCCCUCAUGUUAGCGAUAUGGCCGCAUUGUCGAUGCUGUCGUUGUCGAGCUAUCCGAGCCUAUUCGGCGGUCUUCCGUUUUUCCCAUCGCUUCCUUAUUUGAACGCCAACCUGCCACCACACGCAACAAUUGAGAGUCUCGGUCUUAUCAACUCGGCAAUGUAUCAAGAUCAGCGGGAUGUGGUUUCCGCGAUGUGCUCGCCGGCUCCGUCAGCGCCAAAUAUCGAUACGAGACCAAGAGCGUUUUCGAGCGCUGCAACUCUUCAACAUCCCAAGCCUGCUGCCGAUCAGGAGAAACGUCGUAAACGUUCGCGUAAAUCGGAGCCAGUUCCGCCAGCUGUUAGUGUGGCUACUGAUUCAAACAUGAGUAGCACUUCGUCAAAAUCCUCAACAUCAUCCGGCACUUCUUCGUCAAUUUUAAUGAGACUAGUUGAAGAGGACGAUGUUCCAAUCAAGAAGCCUAUUACUGUAACUAAGGAAGAUGAAGAAGCUGUUCAACGGAAGGUCGCUGAAUUUUUGAAGAAACAUCCAAUCUUCUAUGAUAUUAAUUACGACGUUGAUUAUGAUGAAAACGGUGUUCGUCGGCCACUUCGUCAAAUUAUUCGUGACGAGGAUUUGCCGGAUGAGGCCGAGCCUGACUCGCCGUUCCGGCAUUUUCCAAAAAAGAAGGCGAACAAUCUCAAUCCAUGA